CCAGUCAGCCAGCAACAUGAACGCCCCAGUCUUGGUCGUCGUCUUGGCCCUGGCCGCCCUGGCCGCGGCCCGCCCCCAGUCCCAGUUCCAGCAGCAGCCGCAGCAGUUCCAGCAGCAGCCGCAGCAGUUCCAGCAGGCGCGGCAGGUCGAGCAGUUCCAGAGGCCCACCCCCGUGCCCAUCAUCAGCCGGCAGGAGACUCGUGACGACCACGGACAGUUCGCACUGGCCAUCGUCUCGGCCGACGGCAUCGCCCGCACCGACUCGGGCGCCCUGGUCAAGAUCAAGGACGGCGAGAACAAGGACGACUACUACCUGAGGAGGGAGGGUUCCUACAAAUACACCAGCCCCGAGGGAACGCCUGUCGAGGUGCACUACAUCGCUGACGAAAAUGGAUUCCAGAUCGUCAACCCUCAGUAAUAGGCCUCUCACAUCUCACCAAAUUAUCACUCUAGGUAGAAAUUCACUCCCACCCCCUUUUUCAUCAUGUACAUAGUUAAGUAGAAAAAUAAACCAUU